CUUAAUCCGUGUGACAUGUGUGCUCGCAAGACAUUGAAGAAAACAGAUGCCUGUUCCAGUGUUUGCUCUGUGGCUGUAGUGGCGGUGAAACUCUGACUGUUUCUAAGCUGCACGUCGGACUGCUUCCCUUCUCAAUGAGGUACAGAGGAGCUGCUAUCCAUCUCUGGGCUCAGGGCUCGUGCUGUCUGUCCCGCCUCUGCCUGCCCAGAAGAAUCACUCCGGUUCGAACCUACAGCGCUCACCAUCAGCCUGGCUCGCCGCCUCCCACUAACCCCUCCUCUCCUGAUGGGAAGGGAGGAGCUGAGGUGCUGAAGGAGCGCUCACUUGCAGCCUUACAGCAUGCUGGUGAGGUGGGGCGGCAGUGGAGUCAGAGGUCGGCUCAGACAGCCACCGCCACAGUCAACUACUGGUGGGAGAGAUACGAGGAGUUUGUGGGGCUGAACGACGUCCGUGAGGCUCAGACAAAGGUCACAGAGGCUGAAGCAGCAUUCAUGGUGACCAGAGGGAUGGUGCGUGAGGCUCAUGGCAGCCUGGAGGCCAUGCAGGGCAGGCUGAAGGAGGUCAGGGACCGGCUGGACAGAGUCUCCAGGGAGGAGGCUCACUACCUGGAACUGGCUACGCUGGAGCACAAACUGCUGCAGGAGGAGCGUCGUCUCCGGACUACGUAUGAGAACGCAGAGGGUUCAGAGAGGGAGAAGUUUGCCUUGUUUUCGGCAGCCGUCAGGGAGAGCCACGAGAAGGAGAGGACAAGAGCUGAACGCACCAAGAACUGGUCCAUCAUCGGCUCGGUGCUCGGAGCCCUGAUCGGGGUUAUGGGAUCAACGUACAUUAACCGUGUCCGCCUGCAGGAGCUGAAAAGUCUGCUGCUGGAGGCCCAGAAAGGUCCAGAAAGCCUGCAGGAGGCCCUCAGAGUCCAGGCUGGGAACCAUCGCUCUCAACAGGACGAGCUGCGAACGCUCAUCGACAGCCUCAGAGUCGCCCUGAGUGACGCCUUCACGCAGAGGAACACCGUCCUGAAGGACAAAGGAGGAUCGACUUCAGAUUCACCCACUGUGCCUCUUUCAGCUCUCAAAGACAUCCACAUUGGCAGCCGAAGGACCGAGUCCCUCCUGGAGGCCCUCCCGCCACAAAUGGGACAGCUGGAGCAAGGGCUUGGUAGAGUGGAGAGUGAAUUGUUAACAGUGAGGAAGCUUCUGGAGAGCAGGCCGCAGAGUGAAACACCACCUGCUGAACUACAGUUUGAGAGACCAGAGAGACCAGAGAGACCAGAGAGAGGGGACCAGCUGGAGCCUGAGGCAGUGCUGAGGAGUCUGGAGGAGACCCAGAGGACACUGGGAGAACGAAUCAGGACAAACACGAUUUAUAACGCAGUGUUUACCUACACGGCCACCGCCAUCACUGUGUCUGCUGUCUACCUGCUGCUCAGAGGAACUGGUUAGACUCCAGUCUGUUCACAUUCACUGUACGCUGUCAGGCACUGGGUGUAAUUAUCUAAACAAAUCAGUGCAGAAGACAGAGUAAUAAACAGGCUACAGGGGUUGAUGUGGGUUUUAUUACCUGCUUCUGCAUUUUACUGCACUAAUGAAGCACAGAACUACACUGACUGAAAUAUUCCUUCUUCUUCUCACUUCUUGUCCUUCACCAUAGCUGCGUAUUUUUCCCCAAAUUGUCAAACAUGACACUCACUGGAAGCCAGUAUGUUCAUCAGGUAACUUAAGGGCUGCAUCUGUUCAAUACUUUCAUUAUUUUCUUUAGAAAUUGUCAAAGCUUACAGUUCAAAAUGCCCAAAGUCAUGUCUUCAGGUUGCCUGUUUUGUUCCUCCAACAUUGUCAAACGACUUACUCAGAGCCUUGGUGCCUCUUAAAAACAGAUUCAAGACCUGCCUUAAACCUGCAAUAACUGAUUUUUUUGGAGAAUUGAGGGCAGAGGAAACAUCACUGAGGUGUUGUAAGUUGAUGUGAUGAACUUUUAAGCAGCUCAGAGGCGACAUAAUUGAUUUGGAGCCGUGUUUCCAGCCACCUGAGGCUGUAAGGCUGAUGUUUAACCUCUGUUCGCUCUACUUUUGGUCUUCAGGGAAAUAAUUAUCCCUUUAGCUGCUCAAUGCUGGAAUAUUAGAAUUUAGAUGUGCCAAUAUGUUGUAGCCCAUUUUGGCUAAAAACAAAGAGAUGCACAUAUUUUCUCGUCUAAUUGCAGAAAACACCAGAUCUCCUAUUGACAUGUAAUUGUGCCUGCUCUUUUUGUGGUGGCCAUAAGCUUUUUAAAAUGUACACACUCACUUAGCAAACAUUUAAAAUUAAGACAUUCCAUAUUUAUUGUAAUGUAAAGUCCACAAACAAAGCUGUAAAUGUUUCCCCUGACAGGUGUUGUCGGUCUGUCGGUGGUCUUUUUGAGCUGAUGUUUCACUUGCUUUACGUCGACUGAUGGUGACGCCGAUGUCAUUGUGCAUCAUUAAAUACAAGCAGCCAAAACAGUGACGUUGUAGCUGGCCAGUUCAACAACGAUGUGAAAGUGAUUAUAAAGCAGCAGAAAGCCUGCAGAUUUUGUUCCUGUGCAUUGGUGCUCUGAAGCUGCUCUGAAACCAAUAUCACUGAGACGUGCUGGUGAAUAUUCCUCCAAAGACAGUCACAUGCAAAAAAACUUAAUUCACUGAAGUUUAAUUCAAGAUAAAAAACACAGGAGCAGCUAUUUUUUCUUGAUAUAUGGUUUGAAUGAAUAUGAGAUAUAUUUAGAUUGUUUUUUUUCAUCAUCUAAUAGGAAAAUUGUUUGAACUCUGCAUCUCAGAAACCUCCAAGUUGAAUAUUUUUGAUUUUCUCAUUUGCAGAAAAGCUGCUCAAACGCCUGUUUUCAUGAAACUAACUGAGUUUGUGGGAUUGGAGUGAAGAUAAAUACCUAACAUGAGGAACCUUGUGCUUUGUUUGCUCCGACAGCACAACUCAUGGAUUUGUUUUCAGAAUAACAAAAGCCACAUACAAAUCAACACCUGCGACAGUUAGAAUGAUCAUCUCUGGAUGGGACUGAGGCAUAACUUCUGUUCCCUUUUACAACAUGAUGGAGUUAAGUGAUGAUGACGAGCUGAUUUGCGGCCAGUGCCAACUUUAGUGACUUGACUCUGCUGUGUCAUCAUCAGGGACCACGCCUUCUGUUCCUGAUCCCAACUCUCUGGGAUUCGUUUCCAAGCUGCUUCAAACUGAAGCAGCUCCGACAACAGAUGAACUGAAAUUUAACUCGAAUCUUGUUGUGUUUAAGGAGAACUAAUUACAUGUUAAAUUAGAGAUAGUUAAUUCCCUUUACUGGAUCAUUUAGACCUGAAAACUUAAUCUUGUUUUACAGGAGAUGAGGGUUGCACACAGGACUAGUGCAGGCAUAAACACCUGAACUGGCAAUAAUGAGAAUAAGUGAGUUUUAAAUAAAGUGAUAAAAUGUUGUGAACUGAUAAAAGUGACGGAAAACACUAUUUAAAAUGUAUGAGUCCCAUCUAAAAGCUCUGAGAUGGACUUUUUAAUUGCAUUUAUUCCUCACUGCUCAGUGAAAUUGCGAACUGAAAGAGAAAAUGUAAGAAAAUAUGAGUUAAUUUUGCAGAUGCCUUUUUUUAAUUUCCUCUGGUACUUGAAUGUGUAGUUGUGUGCUGUCCUGUUGGUCAUGAGGCUGUUGAUCAUGUGCACUGAACUGAAUGAUGAUCGCUGUGCAAUAAAUGUUCAAAUGGGAAAA